GUGAAGCCACCUUUUGUUGAGAGUCCGGGUUUUAACCGGCGCGGACUGACCCGACGCUCCUCGCUCGGUUGUAUUUUUAUUUUUAUUUUUUUCCAUAACGUUUAAAUGCAGGUUCCGUUUUACCUGUGAGCGCACACGCAAAACACGCAUAACAUGCACACACACUCACACCGGCCAUUGUGUGAGUCGGUGUGUCUCGCCCCGGCGUGCAGACACGCUGCGAGAGUUUCACGCGCAGGCCCGACUCCAGCAGCACACAGCCACUGGGCCUCGUAAAAAAAAAAAAAAAAAACACGGUCGGGCUGCGGGGGAAAGGGAGCACCGGGUUCAGUCGUCUUAUUGCAGAUUUAUGCGACUGCCGACGGAGCCCCGGCGAUAUCACGCGAGCCGAUUUAGCGUCAAGCCCUUGUUUGUGUGGCGAAGGCGCACAGAGGAGACGGAAAUAGACCUCGUAAUACGCGCGGAUUAAUCUUGGAGUUAAACGCGUUACAGACGUGCGGUUAGUCCGCUGGUUUUUUUCUUCUUCUGCUUUAGUUUGUUGUUGCGGUCGGUCUGAAGAGCGAAGGAAAUAUGAGCGACAAGGGGACAGUCUCGCCGAAAGAGAAGGAGGCAACGGAGAAGAGGGGGCGUGGAAGACCCCGCAAGCAGCCCCAAGUAAAGACCUCUGACGAACCAAGCGGGUCCCCUGCUCCAAAGAGGUCCAGAGGACGGCCGAAGGGCAGCAAAAACAAGACGGCCACUAAGGGCAAAAAGGCAGCAGCAGCAGCCCCGGCUGCAGGGGGGAAACGUAGAGGAAGACCCAAGAAGGAGGAGAAGGAAGAAAAGGCAUCCCAGGAAUCGUCUGAGGAGGAGGAAGAUGAAGAAGACCAGUAAUUACAACGCAUGCUACCUCACUCAACAUACUGACUUACUGUUAACCAGAACUGGGCUGUACCUGCAACACCAGGUGCCACCACAUGACCACUGUUCACGACAACGCCCUCUUUGCCAAAAGGAGGGUUAACACAGUACAAAUAUCAUGCAGCAGCACUGGAUAGAACGAUGGACCUAAGAAUUACAUGAAAGGUAACCUUUUUCUCAACAUGUCAUGUUAUCACAAGUCUUUUAUACUGGACAAAAAGUGUGCUCCGAGGAGCCUGGACAUUUCAGUUUUCCCCCCCUAAAGAUGGUUUGUAGGACAAUUUCUCUGCUUAACGUUACUUAUUUGUUGAACCUGCAUCUGAGAUGGUAGGGCAUAUAGAUUUUUUUUUUUUUUUUUUUUUUUCCAUGUUUUGUACUGGACAAAGGUGAAUUUUUACCUAUACUUGUUUUGUUUUUCGUUUUGUGUGAAGUGGUUAACCUAUCCGUUGCAUCGUAUUAUAGAUGGAGUUGAGCUUCAGCGUUUAAGAUGAGAUAACAGGCGGUAGGGGAGUAUUUUUCCCGCUUUUUAAAAUCUGCAUUAAUUCUUCUUUUUUUUUUUUUUUUUUUUUUUUCUCUCCUCAUCCCACCAGUAGAGCAGAAUCUACUUUUACCACCUCUUACCCCCAUCCUGUCGGGCAGUUUAGGUAUAGUUGCGCUUCUAGGACUUCCUUCAAGGUCCUCUGUGUGUAGUUGGGAGCUGUAAAGUGUAUUGUUAGUCUGAUUACUUACUGUUUGGUUCCUUCGGGUUACAUACCAUUUGGGGAGAGAGAAAGAAAAAAACCAGGGGUGUGCUGCUUUUUCAUGUUAUAAUAAAACUCAAAACCUUUUUUUU